UUAUUAUUAUAUAGGAACCCAAGAUGCGCUUCAAAAUUUCGCUACAAGACAAGCCCCGACACUCUGACCUGGUGUCGUGUGUGGGCUGGAUGACCCCAGACGAGCUCUACUCGUGCGGAGACGACCAUCAGCUGCUACGUUGGAGCCUCCUCAAUGCUGAGACUAGCAAAGUCGCUGAUCUCCCCGCUGAGGUUUUCCCGCUAGAAAUGCACUGGAUGCCUCGCAGUGCAAUACAAGGAGGCAAGGCGGGAGCAGACAUCAUCUUCCUCCUCACAGCUGCUGAUGGCAAAUUUCACCUCGUGAGCCGCAAAGGCCGUAUCGAGAAGAGUGUUGACGCGCACCAGGGGGCGGCGCUCGCAGGCCGCUGGAGUCACGACGGCUCCAGCAUUCUCACCGGUGGGGAGGACGGCCUGGUGAAGAUCUGGUCACGUAGCGGCAUGCUGAGGUCCUCGCUGGCCAUGAGCUCAGGCCCCGUCUACAGCGCCGCCUGGUCGCCAGACUCGGACGCGGUGCUCUACACGUCUGGCACCGCGCUGGUCAUCAAACCUCUGGCACCCAACACAAAGCCCAUACAGUGGAAAGCCCACGAAGCCCUGGUCCUGAAGGUGGCUUGGAACCCAAACACGGGACUCAUCAUAUCGGGCGGAGAGGACACGCGCUACCGAGUCUGGGAUCGCUACGGCCGGCAGCUAUACACCUCACCGCCCCACCACCACCCCAUCACUGCGCUCGCCUGGGCACCGGACGGGCAACUCUUCGCCGUGGGGUCAUACAACACACUCAGGCUCUGCGACAAGGCGGGGUGGUCGCACUCUCUGGAUAAGCCAGGUUGCGGCAGCCUCUUCAACCUGGCCUGGUCGAGUGAUGGCACUCAGGUGGCCGGCGCCGGGGGGAACGGUCAUGUGCUCUUCGCUCACGUCAUUGAGAAUAACUUGGAAUGGCACAACUACGAAGCGACUGUCAUCAGUCGCACCGCCAUCGCCUUGCGUAAUGUCAACAAUGAUGCCAAAGAACAACUUGAGUUACGGGACAGAAUCAUUAAGGUGUCACUGGCGUAUGGUCACCUCAUAGUAGUGACGGCAUCUCAGGUCUACGUGUACUCUACCCGCAACUGGAACACGCCCAUCAUUUUCGACCUCAAGGAAGGCAGCGUGAGCCUCAUCGUGCAGGCUGAGAGACACUUCCUGGUGGUUGACGGCAGCAGCGUUGUGCUGUACACGUACGAGGGACGCGUGGUGAGCAGCCCUCGCUGGCCGCGCAUGCGCACCGACGUCCUCAGCGCCAGGACCGUGGCCCUCAGCAACGACACGCUCGCUAUCAGGGAUAAGGAUAACGAAAAAGGCAUCCACUUGUUCGAUGCCACGACGGGAAAACUCUUGAAUGAUGGCAAGCCUUGGGAGCACAAGGUCGAGAUUGCUGAGGUCACUCUCGACCAGGUUGGUCCCACGCAGCAGCGCUGCAUGGGCAUCGUGGACAACAACAGAGACUUGUUCCUGGUGCAGCUCAAGAGGGUCGGGGGCAUGGGCAGGGGCUACAAACUGGGUGGAAUGGUGCAGUCCUUAAAGUGGAAUGAUGGCGCCAACAUUCUGGCUACACUGCAGGACAGCAACCUGGUCGUAUGGUUCUAUCCUGGCGUGAUCUUCGUGGACAGAACCCUACUGCACUACACGCAGUCGCAUCGCGACGCUACGACACCUAAUCAGCUUGGGAAGAACAGGACUGAAGACCUGGUGUGGGCGGUGCUGGCUGGCAUGGCCACCGCCGGGAGGAACCUGGAGACUGCGGAGGUCGCUUACGCUGCCAUCAACGAGACUGACAAAGUCCAUUACAUCAACAAAAUCAAGAGCAUUCCAGUGAAGGAAGCCCAGGUGGCAGAGAUGGCCCAGCUGAGCGGAGACACGGCCGCGGCGGAGCACCAGCUGCUGCAGGCGGGCCUCCAGUUCCGGGCCAUCAUGCUUCACGUGACGCUGCACAACUGGGAACGUGCCCUAGAGUUGGCCCUGAGACACAACACACACGUGGGCACCGUGCUCGCCUACAGGAAGCGAUACCUCGCUAGGUUCGGCAACCACGAGACCCUGAGCCUCUUCCUCAAGAACCAAGAUAAAGUAGAAAACAACUGGUCGAAGGUGCAGGCUGCGGUGGAGGCUGAAUACCAGAAAGAGCGGGAGCGAAGGACCAACUGAAAAGCAGCGGCCGCAUUGACACGCGAAAUAAUCAACGAGUUUCUAUAUUACGUCUAUGCUGUUCGUCUGUAGUUUCUAUAUUCUACUUGACAAUUAAAUAUAGAAUAAUUUUAAACUCAAAAUUUCGCAAGCCGAACUUGAGAUAUAUAGGGUGGGACACUAUAAAAUAGUCGUUCAAAUGUUAAUUAGUAUUAUUAUUAUUUAUUAGUGUAUCUGUAUUGCAUGCAUAAUUCUCUUAACAUACGAAACCAGUAGUGGACAUAUAUUUAUUUAUUAAAUUUAUGCACAUUUGUUUGCAUAACUCUUAAUAAAACUUAGAACUCG